GUUUGAACUGGCCAUGUGUUUGCCAUGAACCGGUCCGUGAGCUGCCCGGCCAAAGGGAAGGACGCACCCCUCCUUUCAGUCCGCGAGAAUCGUGACGCCGGAGGUGAUAGUUUGUCGCCCAUCAGCCCCCUGAGCACAUUGUUAGCCUCCAGCAGUGCUGGAAGCCCUACCUGGGCCAGUCGCAAGUACCGGGCCUUACGCGAAGCCAGACGUCCGCCGUCUCGCUUCGAAGCUUCGCGGCUAGAGCCCUUGCCACUAGCGAAAGGCGCGGUGCGACACCACCGUCCAGCGAGUUCCUCCACGAAAGCCGAGCAGCGUGGCAGCUCAGCUCGGGCACCUGAGGUCGCCAUCGACUUCGAUGCAGCGGAAGCGUUGGGACGGAAAAUCUUAGGGAAGGGCUCAUGGGUCAAGAGGAUCUUUGAAGAGUUUGAUGGAUCAGCUUGCGGUUUCCUGUGGCCUGCAGAGUUUGCGGCCUUGAAAGCGCGCUUUGAACAGGCCAUGGGUGGCUUUGGAAGCCGCGCCAACUUUAGCUUCGAUGCUGCGGACAGCAACAUGGAAGGGAGAAUCAGCCAGUACGAGUGGGAGCAGUACUCGGCCAUUCUCAUCGCUGAACUGGGCGAAACUCGCUGCAGGGUGGCGGCCGAACGGGUCUUAGGAAGCAGGAAAGCCGAGCACCGCCGCAAGGUGAAACACGUUUUCGUGUCUGAGGGCUUUGACGCACAAGCAUCAGUGCGUUUGCUGGAAGUAUGUUCCAAAGCCAACAAGAACAAUAGCCUUGUGGAGGACAUCCGUGUCGCAUUAGCCACGAAAGCAGAUCCAAAUGCUGGCCUAGCUAGCCCGGCCUUCAACGACUACACUCCACUGAUCUUCUUGGCAAGUACUCCGCCUUCGGCCAACGGUCAUCAGGUCGCCCAAGCCAUGGAGUUGUUGAUCACCUCACGCGCCGACGUGCAUCGCGAAUGUGGGCAAAUGUUCAGUGGUCGUCUAGUGCCCUUGAGAUUCGCCGCCAGGGCGCAAAAUGAGUAUGGCUUGGAAACGUUGCAGAGACACAUGGACCUCGGCGACGCCUUCCAAUGGGCCGCCGGUGAAAAUGCCGAGGGCAUCAUGCUUUCGGAGCUGCGACGGGAGUACGGCCAGGCCUUGGCUGAGAAGAUCGAGGCCAUGGCAUCCUUUAGCUACGUUGCAAGCACUCAGUUGAGAUUGUUCGCCUCGCCCAUCUUCCCUGGUGGCUUAAGCCCGGCAUGUGCCCUCUCCAUGUGCAGAGGCUCCUACUACGAUGGCCACGUUCAACGGGGCCAGCGAGCAGAUCCCAACUCUCCGGGCCUAGAAGGGAUGACUUCGUUGAUGCACAUGAUCAAUCAAGGAAAUGUGCCAGUGAUCGAGGCAUUGCUGGAUUGCCGCGCAACCCUGGACCAGCGUGACAGCAGUGGCGCAACACCCUUGCACUUUGCGGCCAUGAAUGCCAAGGUUGAUGUCGUCAAGCUCUUGUUAGAUAGAGGUGCUGAACCCAGUGAUGUAAACCAUGCCGGCUUCAGCCCUUGGAUGGUGGUGGGUGAGUUGCUUCCCAUGCCAGAUUCCUCACACAGCGACCCACGGGCAGAUGACAUCCGGGAGUGUUUGGAGUUGUUGAAGCCAAAGAUGCUCCCGGAAGAGUUGCUCCAAGCCGAAACCCCGGAGGAUUUGCUAUCUAUGGUGGGCGGAGAGAACUUUAGCAUCGAGGAUCUUCAGAAGGUUUUCCGCCUGCACGAAAGCUUGUUCUUCAAUCCGCGCAUGGCUAUCCAUGGGUCCUUUGAGGGGCGAACUACUUUGAACAGCUUGCUGGAGCGUUGGGCCAAUAUUCUCAUCCAAAUGUUGCAGAUCGAUCCACUCAAAGGAGACAUGAAAACCUUGGCCAAAUACCUCUUGCACGCCACCAAAGGCCCAGAAAGUGGUGCCUCCUUUGCAGGGAUUCGAAAGAUGUGGCAGCAAGAUGACAAUCGCUCCUCCUAUCGACCGCGACUGAUGGAGGCCGUGAAGAAACAGCUGAAUUUGUUCGCCGACGACUGCAACUCGCUGCGGAAGGGGGUGGAUCGGGCCGCUGCCGAGGCCAUCAGGGCUGCCAAGGCCGAGGCCGCCGAGGCCGCCGAGGCCAACCGCGCGGAGGCUGAGGCCGAGGCCGGUGAGGCGAGUGAGGCGACUGAGGCGACUGAGGCGCAGGAAGCCAAGGAAGCCGGUGAGGCCAAGGAAGCCAAGGAAGUGGUGGAGGCAGUGGAGGCACCAUAUCGAGGCUUGGGGGAGGUGAUGUAUAUGGUGGAUGAAUCAGAGGCCAGGGCAGCCCAGGUGGCCUGUCAGAAGCUCUUAGACAUGCCCAAAGAUAUCGUGACGAUCCCGGAGAAAUGGCAGGCAGAUCCAUUUUGGAGAAAAGUUCAAGAGCGACAAGUCUUGCGGUAUGAUCCGGCCUGGUCGUUGGAAAUUUGCAAUGGCAUCAGUUGUUUCUUCCAAAUGCUUCGACUGGGGGUGCCGCAAGAUCCUCAUGCUAAGCUAGUGGGUGACCAAGCUUGUGUGGUGUCAUCCAUAGCACACUACAGUCAGCUGCGGCAAGUGCUUCAUGCUCAAAUGAAAGAGCUGUAUGCAAGGGGCUAUGUGACCUACUCCAACCUCUGCAAUAAAGCAUUUCAGGACAAGAUGAAGCAGAUCGUCGCGCGAGCUCGGGACGACUCGAACUUGUCCGUCGGGAUGCCUGAAGAGCCUGUUGCAGCAAAACGUUUACAACGAAUCUUGGAGAAGACGAUUGAAGCUGAAGACGAGCGUGCUGGAUGGGACUGGCCAGACCGAUCAGAAAACUACCUGCGUCACACCUACUGCUUCUACAUUUUAGAUACUGUACGUAUGAGCUUUGGGUGCAAAGGUGAAACGGUGCCAGAACAGGUUCAUUGCUGCAUGCGAGUGCUGCACGAAUUCCAGCAGUGUUCCGUUGAAACUGAUGGCGUGCAGCUCUUGCGCACUAAGUCUGGCUUUGCUGCUGGAGUGGCCGGAGAUGGCGGGUAUGCAGAUGUGAAGCUCCUUCUUUAUGCCGAUUUGGGAAAACACGUGGCCUUUGAUGGAACGGAGAUUCCUUUGCGAAUCAUUGGCGAGGUACAGUUGAUUUUAGAGGGCUAUGAAGCUGUGAAGAAGCGAAUGCAUUUGGUCUAUGAAGUGAACCGUGGCAGUUUCGAUCGAAAGCGUAGACGUUGACCACCUCGCCCCAUGGCGGGGAUAGCGGAUGAUAGCGGAUGGCUUGGGUCCCGUGGGCAGAGGCUUACCCCCGAAACUGGGGUUCAAUGCCAUGAUAUGCCAUGCAUUUGAACGUCCUUGAGGCCAGCAACUGAACAUGCGAGCUUUAAGCGGCUUUGAUGAGUUUGCU